AUGCUCGAGCGACUGUUACGGAGGCUUAGCAUAAUCAGUGGGCGCAAUUCAAGUGUUGGCGCUCAGAGUUUUCCUCUUACACUGGACACUGGAUCGUCAGACUUGUGGGUCAUAUCCAACGAAUGUGAUUCUGCAGACUGUGCCAACGUUGCAAGAUAUUCUCGAGCGUUCUCAUCGAAUCUUUCAAUAUCUCAAACACCUUUCCACAUCGAUUACAUCUCUGGUUCUGUAUCUGGCUUGGUAGCCUCGGAAACUGUCUCACUGGGACCGUAUCGCCUGCUUUCACAAGUCUUUGGUCUUGCAAACAGCACCGAUAAUAUCAACUUUUCGAGCGAAGGCAAUUCCGGUAUCUUGGGUCUGGCAUUUCCAUCUGAGGCGUCUAUGUCAGGAAUGACUGUGUUGCAAAGCAUAUUCGGUGGUCUGGCCGACCCGUAUUUCACAAUCACCCUUGGUUCAAAACUCAACGUCAACUCUCCUUCGUCGUUCACUCUCGGGCAAUUAGACAGAUCUUACGCCACCGACUUCUCUGCCUUUUUCUCUAUCCCAGUAUCAAAAGCAGGCGCAAACGAUUACACAUAUUGGAAAAUUCCACUUCUCUAUUUAACGAUCAAUUCUACAAGAUUAUCGCUGUCACCUUCCUCUAUACAAGGCAUUCAAGGAUCCCAAAUUGCUGUUCUCGAUACUGGCACGACUUUAGCUUUGGGCCCGACUCGUGAUGUUCAAGCAUUCUGGUCAAGUGUAGGCUCUGCAGCGAGGAACGAUCCCAUCACUGGAACAUGGCAAGUCAGAUGCGAGAAGGCUUUGAUAGUUGGUUUUGUAUUUGGACAAGGUAGUUCUUACAAAGAGUUUCUCUUGGAUCCGGCGGACAUCAGCUGGGAAGAAGAACAAUCAAAUAACGGCUGGUGCUUAGGUGGGGUUCAAGCCAACGAUGAAGUCGACUCAGGCGACUGGCUACUUGGGGAUGUAUUUCUUCGUAAUGUUUACUCGCUCUAUCAUGCUGCUAACUCCUCGAGCGGACCUUGGAUUGGUCUCAUCAGUACUACCAACAGGGAAAAUGCGUUGACAGCGUUCCGACAGAAUCGUGGACCAGAUUCAAACAGUUUGUCUUCGCCAGUCAUACAGAUUUCAAGCGUUGUCGCUUCAGGAAUUCGAUACAAGCUCUUGUACGGGAUCUCCACGUUAUGUGGAUUCAUUGGUGGUGCAGUGCUUGUGACUCUUUUUCGAGCUCGUCAUAGAUUAUCAGCUGCGUUUGGUAAACGAAAACAGAAAUGA